AUGGACGCCUCCUCCCUCCGCAUCUCCAAGUUCGAUGGAACUAACUUCCACGCCUGGAAGUUCAAGAUGCGGAUGGUGCUUGAGGAGCGGAACUUAUGGGAGGUCGUCAGCGGUGAGAUCAAGGCGGAACAGUGCGAGACUCAGUUGGACCAAGCGACAUACAAGAGGAAGUCAAGAAAGGCGAUGGCAGUGAUCUGUCUAGCCAUGGAAGAUUCCCAGCUACCGUUGGUCCGGUCGGCAAGUGGUGCAUGCGACGCAUGGUCAAGGUUGGAAGACCACUUCGAGAAGAAGAGUCUUGCCAACAAGCUGUUCUUGCGCCGUCGCUUCUUCACGACAAUGAUGGAAGAAGGCGACGAUGUGCUCGAACACAUCAACAAGCUCAAGACGCUGGCGGAACAGCUAGAAGCGGUGGGGGCUCCAGUCUGCGAGGACGAUCUGGUGAUCACACUCCUCGGCAGCCUGAGUGACUCGUAUCAAUUCUUGAUCACAGCUUUGGAGUCGCGCUCAGACACUCUUAGCUGGGAGCUCGUGACGUCUCGACUGCUUCAUGAAGAAAUGAAGCGGAAGGAGCAAGGAAGUAAAGGUGAUGAAGCUUCGCAAGGUCAAGCGUUCAUCACAAGGGACAAUCAGCGCAAAGGGCGACCAGUGAAGAAGUCCUGGCCGUGCCACAAUUGCGGAAAGAUUGGUCACUGGAUGGCGGAGUGCCCCUCGCGCAUCCAAGAAAACACGGAGAGACACCGGCCACAGCGUGCUCAAGACAGCGGCGACCGCUAUAGAUCACAACGUGCAAACGUCGCUCAAGAAGAAGACUCGGGCGACUACCUCUUUUCGAUCGGUGAAACGACAUCUGCGAAAUCGAGCGACAUCUGGCUGGUCGACUCCGGGGCGACGCAGCACAUGACGUGCUCCAAGAAGUUCAUGCGGAACUACAAGGGGUUUGACGCUGUGGAUGUCCAUCUCGCGGAUGAUGGAAUCGUCCAAGCAAUCGGCAGUGGGGACAUUGUCAUGUCGAUGAAGACACCCCAAGGGAUGAAGAAAGGUGUGCUCACAAACGUGUGGCACAUCCCAAAGUUAUCCAGAAACCUGUUCUCGGUCGGCCGCUUCACCAAGGAUGUCGGCCCAGUGACGUUCACGAAGGAUGGGUGCUAUGGAGAAGCGAAAGGGACCAAGUGGAAAAUUGGUGCCCGUGAAGGUAAAGGACUGUUCAAGCUGCAAAUGACUCCAGUGGCGCCGGAACAAGCAAAUGCAGCCAAGUCGUCGGGAUGUCAAGGGGGCACCAAGUCGUACCUCUGGCACCUUCGGCUUGGCCACAUAGGUCACGAUGGACUCAAUUGCAUCGUGACGAAGAACAUUGGAAUUGGCAUCGACAUAUCUUCGGUGAAGAAGUGGGACGUGUGUGAAGGUUGUGCUCUGGGAAAACAGACUCGAGUGCGCUUCCAAUCAAACACUACAGCUCGCACCUCCAAACUCCUCGAAGUGAUUCACAGCGACGUAUGCGGACCGAUGUCGAUGGCAACUUUCAGUGGAAAACGGUACUUCGUGACAUUCAUUGAUGACAAGUCAAGAUACUGUGUCGUCUAUCUGCUCAAGAGCAAAUCUGAAGUUGCGGCGAAGUUCAUGGAAUACGCUGCGAUGGCCGAAACGCAAACCGGAAAGCGCGUGAAGUACCUUCAAAGCGACAAUGGGGGUGAAUACAAGUCCGACAAGCUGGCACGAUUCUGCGCGGAACGGGGAAUACAACAAAGGUUCACACCCCCAUAUACUCCUCAGCUAAACGGAGUAGCUGAGAGAAUGAAUCGCACGCUGGUCGAGUGUGCGCGUUGCAUGAUGGAACACGCUGGACUGGGAAAGAGCUACUGGGGUGAAGCAGUGAUGACGGCGAUGUUUCUUCGAAACCGCUGUCCAACACGUGCCAUUCACCAAGACAAGUCUCCAUAUCAAGUGUGGACGAUGAAGAAACCGAUUCUGGCCAACCUUAAAGUGUUUGGAUGCCACGCGUAUGUUCAAGUGCCUCAAGACAAACGCGCGAAGUUCGACUCCAAGUCAUCACUCUGUCGUUUCCUGGGAUACGCCGAACACCAGAAUGAUGAACUUUAG